AUGACUGUAGAGCCCAAGGUUGAGCUUGGCCGCAAUAACGGCGAACUGGUGAAUGACCGAUACUGCGAGACUAUCACAGCAACAUAUUUCAAGAAUACACCACGGUCGCUGGAGAACCAUAAGCAGAGACUCGGUAGUGUCUCCUCGGCCAAUGAUCAUGUGCUUGGCAAACUUCGAUGCGUUUAUCAGGAACCAUGGAAGACUGCAGUGAGGUUGGAGCUUGGAGGCGUGGGACACGGCAAUGAGACGACCUUUACCCGACUGGGCCUCUCUGUGGUGAUGACAGGGAUGACACUGCUAACAGCAGAAGCCGCCGAGAUGAGUUCUGCGAGGAGGCCAGCUUCCAAUGCCGCGCUACUCCAGUCCAGAGGGGACGCGACAACUGAGUAG